UUGAUCAUGGAUAGUAACGUAAAAGGUAAAGUGUGCAUCACAGGUGCCUCUGGCUUUCUGGCUUCCUGGCUGGUUAAACGUCUGCUCUUAGCUGGGUACCAUGUGAUUGGGACGGUUAGAGAUCCAGGAAACGAGAGGAAGUUAGGGCAUCUAUGGAGGCUAGAAGGAGCGGAGGAGAGACUCCGACUAGUGAGGGCUGAUUUGAUGGAAGAGGGAAGCUUUGACGAUGCAAUCAUGGGAUGCCAUGGUGUCUUCCACACAGCUUCACCUGUCCUCAAGCCUUGUUCCGAUCCAAAGGCAGAAAUCCUGGAACCAGCUGUUGAGGGAACCUUGAAUGUGCUGCGUUCAUGCCAGAAGAACCCAACUCUAAGACGUGUUGUUCUCACCUCUUCCUCAUCAACUGUGAGGGUACGAGAUGACUUUGACCCUCAUGUACCGCUUGACGAAUCAUAUUGGAGCUCCAUUGAAUUAUGCGAGAGGCUACAGAUCUGGUACGCCUUGUCGAAAACCCUUUCUGAGAAGGCGGCAUGGAAAUUCUGCGAGGAAAAUGGGAUUGAUUUAGUCACUGUUCUACCUUCGUUUGCUAUUGGGCCUAGUUUGCCACCUGAUUUAUGUUUUACUGCAUCAGAUGUCCUCGGCUUGCUUAAAGGGGAAACCCUGCAAUUUAUGUGGCAUGGAAGGAUGGGAUAUGUCCACGUUGAUGACAUUGCCCUCUGUCACAUUCUUGUAUACGAGCAUGAAGCUGCUCAGGGCCGAUACUUAUGUAACUCUACAGUGAUGGACAAUAAUCAGCUAGCGUCCUUCUUAUCAUCCCGUUAUGCAUGGCUUCCCAAUAUCCCAAAGGGGUUUGAGCAACUGAAUCGACCUUGGUACGACUUCGACACUUCCAAGUUGAAGAGUUUAGGGUUCAAGUUCAAGUCCAUCCAUGAAAUGUUUGAUGACUGCGUAGCAUCACUUGUCGACCAAGGAUAUUUAUCUUCUACUAUCUAA